AUGGCGGACCACGAGAAGGAUCUCGAGAACGGCGACCCCAAGCGCGAAAGAAUCUCCUUCGCCGACGGAUGGGACCCCGAUAAGGAUGAGGGUGAAUACGCCAACCUCAUCCGAUUCAUUUCGACCUACCGUGACCGUAGAUUCUCCAAGGCACCUUCACAAGUUUCCGGCGAGGAUGUCGGCGACGCUACACAGAAGAAGAAGAUUCCCUUCUACAAGAGAUGGUUCACACAGGGAGGUGGUCCCGGUGAGCUCUACCAAGUCCCCGAGGACUGGCUCACCACCGACAUCAAGGCUGGUCUUACCUCCGCCCAAGUGGAAGAAAGAAGAAAAAAGACUGGCUGGAACGAGCUGUCAACGGAAAAAGAGAACAUGUUCCUGAAGUUUUUGGGUUACUUCCAAGGUCCUAUUCUUUACGUCAUGGAACUUGCUGUCCUGCUCGCUGCUGGUCUGCGUGACUGGAUCGAUUUCGGUGUCAUCAUCGGUAUCUUGAUGCUGAACGCCAUUGUCGGUUGGUACCAAGAGAAGCAAGCUGCCGAUGUCGUCGCCAGUUUGAAGGGUGACAUCGCCAUGAAGGCUGAGGUCGUUCGUGAUGGUCAUGAGCAAGAAAUCAAAGCUCGCGAACUUGUUCCUGGUGAUAUUCUACUUCUUGAAGAAGGUUCCGUCGUCGCCGGUGAAUGCCGCUUGAUCUGCGACUACGACAACCCAGCUGGUUUCGAAGAAUACAAGGAGAUGAUCAACGACCCCGAGGGCUACCACUCCCGCAACCACACUGAAUCUGACGAUGACGAGGAGCACCACAUAGGUACCUCCAUUGUCGCUACCGAUCAGUCUUCCAUCACCGGAGAGUCCUUGGCUGUCGACAAGUACAUGGGUGAUGUCUGUUACUACACCACCGGUUGCAAGCGAGGCAAGGGUUAUGCCGUUAUCACUGAAUCCGCUCGUGGCUCUUUCGUCGGUAAGACUGCGUCUUUGGUCCAGGGUGCCAACGACUCCGGCCACUUCAAGGCCGUCAUGGACUCCAUCGGAACGGCUCUUUUGGUCUUGGUCGUCUUCUUCAUUCUCGCUUCUUGGGUUGGCGGUUUCUUCCAUCACAUCGGAAUUGCCACUCCUGAGGAAAGCUCGGUCACCCUGCUUAGCUACGCACUUAUUCUUCUUAUCAUCGGUGUCCCCGUCGGUCUGCCUGUCGUCACCACCACCACUUUGGCUGUCGGUGCUGCUUAUCUCGCCAAACAAAAGGCCAUCGUGCAGAAGCUGACUGCUAUCGAAUCCUUGGCCGGUGUCGAUGUGCUUUGCUCUGACAAGACCGGUACUUUGACUGCCAACCAGCUUACCAUCCGUGAGCCUUACGUCGCCGAGGGUGAGGAUGUCAACUGGAUGAUGGCCUGCGCCGCUCUCGCUUCUUCCCACAACCUGAAGGCUCUUGAUCCCAUUGACAAGAUCACCAUUCUUACUCUCAAGAGAUAUCCGAAGGCCCGAGAAAUCCUGCAACAAGGCUGGAAGACUGUCAAGUUCUUGCCUUUCGACCCCGUCUCCAAGCGCAUCACCACCCUCUGCACGCUCAAGGGUGAGAACUGGUCUUUCUGCAAGGGUGCACCAAAAGCUGUCCUUUCCAUCGCCGAAUGUGACGAAGCCACCGCCAAGCACUACCGUGACACCGCGGCUGACUUUGCCCGUCGUGGUUUCCGAUCUCUCGGUGUCGCUUCCAAGCGUGGAGACGAGCCAUGGAAGGUCAUUGGCAUGUUGCCCAUGUUCGAUCCCCCUCGUGACGAUACUGCCCACACCAUCCUGGAAGCUCAGAACCUCGGUCUCAGCGUCAAGAUGUUGACUGGUGAUGCCAUUGCCAUCGCCAAGGAAACCUGCAAACUUCUCGCUCUCGGUACAAAGGUGUACAAUUCUCAGCGUCUGAUUGCUGGAGGUGUUACCGGUUCCACUCAAUAUGACUUGGUCGAGAAGGCCGAUGGUUUCGCUGAGGUCUUCCCAGAGCACAAAUACCAGGUCGUCGAAAUGUUGCAGCAACGUGGUCAUUUGACUGCCAUGACUGGUGACGGUGUCAACGAUGCUCCUUCCUUGAAGAAGUCCGAUUGCGGUAUCGCCGUCGAGGGUGCCACCGAAGCCGCUCAAGCCGCUGCCGACAUUGUCUUUUUGGCUCCUGGUCUCAGCACUAUUGUCGAUGCCAUCAAGGUCGCCCGUCAAAUUUUCCAGCGUAUGAAGGCCUACGUGCAAUACCGUAUCGCUCUUUGCUUGCAUUUGGAACUCUACCUGACCACCUCCAUGAUCAUCAUCAACGAGACUGUCCGUACCGACUUGGUCGUGUUUUUGGCCUUGUUCGCCGAUCUUGCCACCAUCGCUGUUGCCUACGACAACGCUCACUACGAACCCAGACCUGUCGAAUGGCAAUUGCCCAAGAUUUGGGUCAUCUCGGUCAUCCUCGGUUUCCUUCUUGCCAUCUCCACCUGGAUUAUGCGCGGAUCGUUCUACCUGCCUAACGGCGGUCUGGUCCAGAACUUUGGUAAUGUUCAACUCAUGCUUUUCCUCCAGAUCUCGCUGGUUGAGAACUGGCUUAUCUUCGUUACUCGAGGUGGACAAACCUGGCCAUCCUGGAAGUUGGUCGCCGCCAUCUUCGCCGUCGACGUCAUCUCGACACUCUUCUGUAUUUUCGGUUGGUUGCAUCCCCCUUUGCACGACACCAACACCAUCCCCAAGGACCAUUUCACUACGGACCACUACAGCGUCCAAACCUCCGUCGUCACCGUCGUCGUCAUCUGGGGUUACUCCAUUGGUGUUACUAUCGUGGUCGCUAUUGUCUACUACCUUCUACUCAGCAUCAAAUGGAUCGACAACCUCGGCCGUGAUGUCAGAAGCCGCGCUGAUACCGACAUGGAGAAUGUCCUGUCUCAUCUCAGCCGCAUCGCACUUGAGCACGAGACUGAUGUCCAUGGAAAGACGAAAUGGGUCCUUGGCUCCAGAGGCACUGGUGAAGAAGAAGAGGAGUAA